AUGGGAAAAUUGUCUGCAUUUUUUUUCACCAUCCUUAAACAGCUCAAUAUUAAUUUACAGAGAUUGAAAGAAACUGCAUCAAUGGAGAUCCCAAUCACAUCAUCAGUGAUCAAUGCCAAUCAUAGUUUUCACUCUCAGACACGUAAUAAUGAGUCGAAUAGUAAUAAGCUUACUUCUAAUAUGAUCGAUAACCACGACUUUCGUAACGGUUUGGAUUCGUGGUAUGCAAACUGUUGUGAUGCCUUUGUGGUUGAAGAACACCAGGGAAAACCAUGCAACCGUCAUGCUCUAGUUACAAAUAGAAACCACCAUUGGCAAGGAUUGGAACAAGAUGUGACGACCAAAAUUUCGUGUGGUUCCAGUUACACGGUUUCUGCAAGGGUUGGAGUUUCUGGGGAGUGUCUUGAGGGCGAGGCUGAUGUCAUUGCGACCCUAAAACUUGAAUACCAACAACUUUCAGAAUCAGAUACCAAGUUUUUGUUCAUUGCAAAGACUAGUGUUUCUAGAGACAAAUGGGAGAACUUGGAAGGUACGUUCGUGUUGUCGGAUAAGCCAGAUCGUCUUGUCUUUUACUUGGAAGGGCCGGCUCCGGGUAUCAACCUUCUCAUUGAAUCGGUGUUGGUCUUAUGUCACGAUACAACUGCACCAUGUAUCUCUACCGAAGAUGAGAACAUCAUAUUGAACCCCGAAUUUGAAGAUGGAGUUAAUAACUGGUCCGGAAGGGGAUGCAAGAUUGCAUUACACGACUCCAUGGGAGAUGGCAAAAUCCUUCCUAAAUCCGGAAAGUUGUUUGCAUCUGCAACCGAACGCACACAAAAUUGGAACGGGAUUCAACAAGAUAUCAGCGGAAGGGUUCAAAGAAAGCUUGUGUACGAGGUUAGCGCUUUCGUGAGAAUAUUUGGCAAUAAAGUUACUGGCUCCACUAUUCGAGCUACGUUGUGGGUCCAAACCCCGGAUUCCCGUGAACAAUACAUCGGCAUUGCAAGCUCACAAGCCACGGAUUCGGAUUGGGUGCAGUUGCAAGGAAAGUUUCUUUUAAACGCUUCUCCGUCAAAAGUAGUGAUUUAUCUCGAAGGUCCACCUUCGGGCACUGAUAUUCUCCUCGAUGGCUUAAUGGUUAAGCAUGCUGCGAAAACACCUCCUUCACCUCCGCCUGUCAUCGAGAAUCUAGAUUAUGGAGUUAACAUUAUCGCGAAUAGUAAUCUUAGAGAUGGAACAAGUGGGUGGUUUCCGCUUGGUAGCUGCAUGUUAAGUGUCGUGAGUGGUUCACCUCGUAUACUCCCACCGGCUGCAAGAGACACCCUCGGCCCUCAUGAACCGCUAAACGGAAGAUGUAUACAAACGGCUAAUCGUACUCAGACUUGGAUGGGUCCAGCCCAGAUGAUCACAGACAAAGUUAAGCUCUAUGUAACCUAUCAAGUAUCGGCUUGGGUUCGACUAGGUCCUGGAGCCACUGGUCCUCAGAACGUAAAUGUGGCUCUUGGGGUCGAUAGCCAGUGGGUCAAUGGUGGUCAAGUUGAGAUCAACGAUGCUUAUCGGUGGCAUGAAAUUUGUGGGUCAUUUAGAAUCGAAAAGCAAGCGGCAAAAGUGAUGGUUUAUAUUCAAGGUCCAGCUGCUGGAAUUAGUUUCAUGGUGGCCGGACUUCAGAUCUUUGCUGUGGAUCGUCAAGCGAGAUUCAAGCAUUUAAAGCGACAAACCGAUAAGAUUCGUAAACGAGAUGUCACCCUAAAAUUCGACUCAAGCAAUAUGCACGGUACAAUGGUGGCAGUGAAACAAACUAGAAACAGUUUCCCGAUCGGUUCGUGCAUUAGCCGCACGAAUAUCGACAAUGAAGAUUUCGUUGCUUUUUUAGUGAAGAACUUCAACUGGGCGGUGUUUGGAAAUGAGCUGAAAUGGUACUGGACAGAAUCACAACGAGGGAAUUUAAACUACAAAGAUGCUGACGAGCUUCUGAAGCUAUGUGACGAUAACAACAUUGCGGCUCGUGGACAUUGUAUCUUUUGGGAUGUCGAUAACACAGUUCAAGAUUGGGUCAAAAACCUUAAUAAAGUGGACCUAACCACGGCAGUACAAAACCGAUUGACCAGUUUGCUCAACCGAUACAAAGGUCAGUUCAAGCAUUAUGAUGUGAACAACGAAAUGCUUCACGGAUCAUUUUACCCAGACCGGUUAGGUCAAGAUACACGAGCCAACAUGUUCAAAACUGCAAACCAAUUGGACCCAUCAACUAUAUUGUUUGUGAACGAUUACCACAUUGAAGACGGGUGUGAUACACGAUCGACACCUGAGAAAUACAUUGCUCAGAUUCUCGAUCUGCAACAACAGGGUGCACCCGUCGGAGGGAUCGGAAUUCAAGGACAUAUUGAUAGUCCUGUGGGUCCCGUUGUUUACUCGGCUCUCGAAAAACUUGGAGUUCUCGGACUCCCGAUUUGGUUCACAGAGCUUGAUGUUUCUUCGAUCAAUGAGCACAUUCGAGCCGAUGAUCUGGAGGUUAUGUUUCGAGAAGCUUUUGCACAUCCUGCUGUUGAAGGGAUUAUGAUUUGGGGGUUCUGGGAAUUGUUUAUGAGUAGAGAAAACUCGCAUUUAGUGAAUGCCGAAGGUGAGAUUAAUGAAGCCGGGAAUCGAUUUCUUCAGCUCAAGAAAGAAUGGCUCUCUCAUGCUCAUGGGCAUGUCGACGAUCAGAGCGAAUUCAAGUUUCGAGGUUUUCCGGGCACGUACGAGAUCGUUUUUGUUAUGAAUUCUAAGAAAGUCGUAAAGCAAUUUGUCGUUGACAACGGUGAUCUUGAACUUCCCUUUGUUGUGCCCAUACAUUCUUAAUCGAUCAUAUAAAGAUUUAUGAAAACAUGGUGCAGAGACCAUCCUUGGCCACCCAAUAGGUCAAGGAUCAAACCUCGUCAAAAGUGAGGAUUCUGUGUGAGUGAGUCGUAUUGUUGUUCCAUGGCUUGGUGUGCUUUCGUGUGAUUUUUGUAGGAGAUGGUGUGUGUUAUAUCAUGAUCAUCGUAUAGUCUAUUUUUUAAGAAUCAACGAUUUUAAAUAAAAACAUAAAUUUGGAAUUAAUCUAUAUGCUUUUGAAUAAAGAUAAAGUUCUUGAU